UUUACCAACUCGGGCAUUUCCUUCCUUCUCUCAUCAACUCCAAAAAAAUCUAAAACAGUAGUAGUUAAAAACACAUGACAGACAGAAUUAACAAAGAAUAUAUAACUUCAAACCCUCACAUACAGAUACUUCUUUAACGGAACAAAUGUUGUUUGUUAGCUGACUUUUACUCAUAAUCUCAUACCUCAAGAUGAUUUAGUUCAUAUAUCAAAGGACAGGAUAGUAUGUGUUUUAUCAAAAUUAUUCAUAGCUAAUUUAUUCUCUUGCCGCGUAAGAAUUUUUUACAUUUUUUCUGCAGAAUAAUUAUUAAAUAAAACAUGAUACUUUUUAAAUAAAAGUCCCAAAAAGAAAAUUGUUUUUCUUUUUGGGCAGAGCUGGUUCUUCUUCACGACAAUCUUCGCAGAAAAACUAAUUCAGAUUUCGACAAAAGCCCUUUUACCAGGUCACGUAGCCGUCCCCCCAACCCUUCUGGAAUCCAUUAUCGGUCCUGUUUUACGGUUUUAAUUCUUUCUUAAUUAUUGUCAAGAAAAACAGACUUUUUGCUUAUAUUAAUUUAUCAUUCAUUAAAAUUAAUUUGGAAAAGAAUUUCUGAAUUUUGCCAAAACAUUCAAUCUGGGUUUAUGUUGGUAUUCUCAGAAGGGUUUUGAAGAGAUUCAUUGGAUUGUAAGGGGUUUGAAGAGAUAAUAAUUUUUGGUUGUUGAAUUGAAUUUCAUUUUGAGGGAAUUUUUAAGGUUGAUUAUUAGCUGAGAAAGAUUGAUUGAAUGACAACCGAAACUGUUAAUAAGGUUGAGUUAUUGAUGAGAUGAGAAGUUUUGAUGGAUAUAAGACGAGUAAGUUGUGUUCUUCUUGCUCUUUUAAUAUUGUAUUGCACUCUUGUCAAUGGAAGAGACAGAAAUAUGGAGAAAUUCUAUAUGGACCCUGCUGCUUAUAUGGAGAUUGACGAUACCAUGGUUGAGCACUUAUGGACUAAGUGCAGGUUCGAUUUAAUGCGGAUUAAAGAAAGUGUUGAAACGUUUGAUUUGUAUUUUCCGGAGGAAAUGUCCAUUACCUCCAAGGAUACCAACUCAGUUGCUUGGUCAGCAGCGAAAUUGAACCUGCGGAAAGCUAUCAGUGUCUUGCCUCUCCAAAUGAAGAAAACUCUUUUUCAUUGCUUAGAAUUGCAUAACAUUCCAUUUCGAGUUUCUGAAGAAGUGGGUAUCUCUAAGAACUUGUACUCCAAAAAUUCUGGUUCCCAGUUUGGGCGGCGUGUUACUUCACGGCGGUCUCUAGGUGUUAAGUUGUUUCAAGACCUAUCACCAGCUCCUUCGCCUUCGCCUUCUUCUGCCACAACCCUAGCUCCUGCUCCUGAUCAAGCAACAACCCUAGCUCCUGCUCCUAAUCAAGCAACAACAUUUCUGAAUGUCGAGGGACUUGAAGAUCCAGUACCAACUCCUUAUGCUUCUCCUGCUCGUGCACCUAUGCCCGUUCUUACUCCUGCUUUUGCAAAAUUUCUAGAUGUUAAGUUGGUUGAUGAAGGCAUACCAUCAACUAUUUCUCCUGCUCCUGCUGUUGCAGUUACACCAUCUAGUGAUGCUCCGAAACUAUCUCCUCGGGAAACAGCCGAUAGUCCUACAAAAUCCCCUGCCAAGGGUCCAGCAAAACCGUUUUUUCCACCAAACUUUGAUUCAGAUACUCAAUCGUCAAUUGCUGCAAGCCCACAAAUUACUUCAGAUCCUCCACCAAAGAAGCAAAGCAAGCAAAAAGAAGUUUCUUUAGGUGUUGGUUUAGCUGUUGCAGGGACCUUUGUUUUGGCUGCAUUGCUAUGUUUUUGUUUUUUUAUGUGUAGAAAGAAGACUGAUUCGAGAUAUCUACAGAAAGAUGAUAAGCCCCUUCUGAUCUUAAAUAAUAAUUCCUCUGGUGACUCUGCACAGAAGCCUGGUAUGAAAAACUCAGAUAACGUUGAUGAGGUUCAAGGCCUGCCAAUCCAAAAUCCAUCAGGAGUUUCCUUGGCAAGCAAUGAUUCUGCAGCAUUGCCACCUCCCCCUGGCAGGGCUGCUCCACCUCCUCCAGGACCUCCACCUCCUCCUGGACCACCCCCACCCCCACCACCUCGUGCUCGCCCACCACCACCUCCCAAAGUUGCAAUGCUUCCACCUCGUAAUAAACAAUCUAGUACAAAACAAAAAGGGAGUUUAGCUGCUGCAGGAAAUUCUGCUUCUGGUGAUGGACCCGAUGCAGAAGGUGAUGGUGAUGCCCCAAAAACUAAGCUGAAGCCAUUUUUCUGGGACAAACUUAUGGCAAACCCUGAUCAUUCGAUGGUUUGGCAUCAGAUAAAAUCUGGCUCGUUCCAGUGCGAUGAGGAGAUGAUUGAAAAUCUUUUUGGUUAUGCCGCUCCUGACAAAAACAAAACAGACAACAAAAAAGAGUGGACACCUCAAGAUCCUGCUUCUCAUUUCAUCAAGCUUAUUGAUCCCAAGAAGGCACAAAAUCUAUCAAUUCUUCUGCGGGCUCUGAAUCUAACAACUGAGGAAGUCGUUGAUGCACUUCAAGAAGGGACUGAGCUACCUUCUGAGCUCCUUCGAACUUUACUGAAGAUGGCACCGACUGCGGAUGAAGAGUUGAAGCUAAGACUAUAUAAUGGUGAACUUUCGACACUAGGUCCGGCGGAACGUUUCCUUAAAGUUUUGAUUGGCGUCCCUUUUGCUUUUAAACGUAUGGAUUCACUUCUUUUGAUGAACUCUCUUCAAGAAGAGUUGCCUGGUAUCAAAGAGUCAUUAGCAACUUUAGAGGUGGCUUGCAAGGAAGUUAGGAACAAUCGACUUUUCCUGAAACUCUUAGAGGCUGUUUUGAAAACCGGUAACCGCAUGAAUGUGGGUACAUACCGUGGUGGUGCACAGGCAUUCAAGCUUGACACUCUCUUGAAGUUAUCUGAUGUGAAAGGUGCAGAUGGCAAGACAACGCUUCUGCAUUUUGUUGUUCAAGAGAUAAUCAGGUCCGAAGGCCUACGGGCAGCCCGCAAUGCCAGAGAGAACCUGAGCGUUUGCAGUGUGAAAUCAGAGGACCUUGUUGAGGAUGCUCCCAAUGAAGCAGAAGAUGACUUCCGCAGUCUAGGUCUUCAGGUGGUUUCAGGCUUGAGUGGUGAGCUCGAAAACGUAAGAAAGGCAUCAGUGGUGGAUGGCGACGGUUUAAAAAGUACGGUGGCGAAACUGGGCCAAUCAUUGGUGAAGAGCAAAGAAUUUCUGAACAGAGAAAUGAAGGAUCUAGAGGAAGAUAGUGGAUUCCAUCGAACACUCAAAAGUUUCGUUGAGCGUGCUGAGGCUGAUAUAACAUGUUUACUCGAGGAAGAGAAGAGGAUAUCAGAUUUAGUGAAGAGCACAGGAGAUUAUUUCCAUGGGAAUGCAGCGAAGGAUGAGGCGUUGCAUUUGUUUGUUAUCGUUAGGGAUUUCCUUAUCAUUUUAGACAAGGUUUGCAAUGAAGUCAGACAAUCGAUUAAAACUCCUGCAACAACGUCAAAAAUUAAGGAGUCUCCAAGUGCUCCUCCUACAGAUCUCCACCCACCAGCUUCACCAGAUAUACGUCAGCGCCUUUUUCCUGCAAUCGUGGGACGGAGAAUGGAUGAUUCUAGUUCUGAUGAUGAGAGCCCAUCUCCUUAGCUCUCAAGGGAAGAGGUGGUACUGCAGUCUUGGUGAAAGUGCGGGGUUGCUCCAGAUAAUCUUUACAUGGAACAAUGACCAGCAAAAAACUCACUUCACUCUUUCACUUAAUAUAUAUUCUUUUGUAAUGGUAUUUGUAGUCGAUUGAAAAUCAAUUCAUUUGUAGUGAAAGCGUAAAGAGCGAGUGAUCUGAUCACAUCUAGUCUUUGUAAAAGUGUUAAGUGGGGAGUCCAAGUGUACAACCACCCAGAUAAAGAAAACUAACAUCUACACAAGUUCAGCUAUGAGUAACAACAUAGAAGGCCAGAGAUCAACAGCAUCAGUGUUUGGUAAUUACUUGAUUUGGUCUUUGUAAGAGCCGAGCUUGUGAAUGCAGUGAAGCUAUGAAUUGUAUCAUGUUAAACAGAGAUUGUUUAAAGUCUAGUUGCUCAAUUUUUCGUCUCUAGGGAUUUUAUGGUAGCGGCUAUUUGUAUAAACUCUUAAGGAAUUUGGCAAUGGCUUCUCUGAGAAAGUGAGAUAUGAGAUGCGUGUAUUUAAUGUAACCAAUAUGUGUUAAUUUCCUUUUUUUAGCCUGGUGAAAUUAUGAAUGUAAACAUUGCUUCUUUUCUUGUUAAUGUUUUUCAUGGA